UGACACAAAUGUUGACAACUAUCACUGUGCACCGCGGUGACAUGAUACACCCAUUUCACCACUUCAACAUGGCUCAUUCUUUAUAAACAGAGUGGGGCUCCUUAAUGGCGUUUUCGACCACAUGUUGGCUCUGAUGUCACUGCGCAGCUGCUACAGGAGGAGUCACAGCAGCUCGUUGCUAGCGCUGGCCAAGUAUGGCUCGUGCUUUCGGUGGUCAGUCGUCGCUUGUCAACAGCCUGGCAACACUCCUCCGAAAUGAUGGUGACUUAGUGCUUGAUGGCAGCAGCACACUGACUCUGCCGGCGGCGAGCUUGCAGCAUCUGAACCAGCUGUUUGAGCAACAUUUGCUGUCCAGGAAUCAGCAGCACAGCUUCAUGGCGCUGCCUUCCCACCCUGCUGACACUGCAUCCCUGCUGCAGCUUCAGUUCCUCUUUGACGUCCUGCAGAAGACAAUCUCCUUCAAGCUUAUCAACCCACCGACCACGAGGCUACAGUCUGUGGUGAAACUUUUCCCUUUCAAGUCUUUAAAGUUUUUGGAGCUGAAGCGCAUUCCCCCACACUGUCUCGAGGGGCUCAGAGGAGUUUACUCCCAAUUGGAGGUCUUCAUCUGCUCAAAGAGCCUCAGCUCCCUGGAGGAGCUGCUCUCCCUGUGUGGAGGUGACCUCAGCUCUGCGCUGCCAUGGCUGGAGCUGCACACCCUCAACUUCAGCUACAAUUUCAUCGUCUGCCUUGACCAGUCCCUAAGUCUCUUGAACGUCCUCAAGUCUUUGGAUUUAAGCCACAACAGGAUUCAGGAGUGUGCUGAAUUUCUAAAGCCUUUGAGUGAACUGGAACGCCUGAAUCUGGGCUACAACUGCCUGCAGAGGGCGCCAACACUUAGCCUAAGCGCCAGAGUCAAACUCCUCACGCUCAUUCUCAGGAACAAUGAAUUAGAGACUAUUAACGGUGUGGAGCAGUUGGCAUCGCUCCAGCACUUGGACCUGGCUUAUAAUCUUCUGCUGGAGCAUUCACAGCUGGCUCCUCUCUCCUUGCUUCACCGCCUUACCACACUGAACCUGCAGGGCAACCCGCUGUACUUCCAGAAGACCCACCGCACAUGCACCGUCCGCCACCUUUCUCCAAAGGCUGUCAGCCUCAGAUUUAAACUCGAUGGCGUCCCGCUUUCCUCCUCCGAGUUAUCUGUUCUGCCGAAAGGAGGACAACCGAUUGUCCAGGUGCAGCCAUCUCCUCUUACGCUGUCAGUGUCAGAGCGCAGUCACCCAGAUGUGUCGAGUGGAGCUGGGGAGCUCAGUGACAGCCUGUCAGUCGGGGAGGUGGGAGUCCCUCGCAGGAAGAAGUCCAGGGGCAAGGUGAAAGUGCGGAGAGCAAGUAUCUCUGAGCCCAGUGACACAGACAACCAGGCCAGGGCGGUAUCUUCAUCACAGGUCAUUGGCCUCCCGCACCAAGAGGAGAUUGAGCGCAUGUCCAGCUUCAGAGAUCAGCUUGGAGAGGACUGGCUCCAGUACCAGCACCACCUAGACGCAGCAUCGCCCCCUGCCACUGCUGGUCACGGCCAGCAAACCCUCGCCGACAGCCUUGUGACAUCUUGUUAUCCAGAGGUCGAGACCCCAGAGGUCCUUCCUCCGCCGCUUCUCUCAUCAGAGCCAAGAGUGCUUGAGAUGGACCCAGAGCAAGAGACAGAGUCCACGUUGCAGUGGCCCAGUCAGAGCCCUCGGCAUACCGAGUCCACGUUAGAAGAGAUAGCGAUGGAUGGUCAGGUCGAAGGCCUAGACUCAACGAGAGAGCAGAGUGGGGAUACCAGGGAGGAAGAAGAUGACGACGAUCUGGGAGUGGACCAGUGUCUGCCGCUUCUUGUGGGUGUCUUAUCUGACGAUGAGGAGCAUGAUGAAAGCCAGGAUGAGGAGAGGAGGAUGGAGAUCUUUCUGCGUGUCAAACAGGGACAUUUGCUGGAAGUGGAUGUGCAGUCCGGCCAGGAGAGAUGUCGCCUGGAGCUGGACUGUCUGACCCGUGUGGAUGCCACAACAGCAACUUGGACUGAUGGGGCCACAGAAGCUACAUUUCCAGCAGUGGAGGUCCGGUUCGACUCCAUCAAGAAGGAGAAGAGGCGGAGACGUUAUGUGCUUCUGGAUGUUGACCCACAGCAGGCACUUCAGGAUCUCAGCGACGUGCUGUCGUUUGUGGCGGAGGCCAAUCGCCGCCGUGGUACCGAGCUCCUCCCCGGCUGUGUUCAUCUGCGAUGCCUUCGUUGUGGGUCAGAGUUCACAGAGCCUGAAGGCGAAACAGGGAGGAGGAGGGGGCUUCCGAUGCCGGCAGAGGGCGUAGACGCGCAGGAGGUCAAGGAGUUGCCGGAAUGUGACGUGGGCGGCGAAGGAAACUCUCAUCGCUGUCUGGAAUGUGGAAGUGCUCACGUGGUCCAACGAGUGGGCCAGUCAUUUCCUUACAGCAGUACACCAAUCCAACACCCAUCAAGGGCAGGCAGUGAAGAAGACAAUAAGGUGGAUGCUUGUAUGAGCAGCAGUCCUGCCCCAGAAGAAGCUGCCAUUACAGAGGACACCGCUUUUUUCACCGCACAUGGGAGCGCCUUCUUUGCCGAGGAAGUCGGGGCUGACCGCUGCUGCCUCUCCUACCAUGCUGACAGUCAAAGCAAGGAGGAUCUGGCUGGGAGUUACUGCUAUGCCGCCAUCUCUUCCACACCACCUGGCAUCCAGCCUGCAGGAAGAUCCAACUCAGCCGAUGACUUGGACCUGCUGACGGAGGCUUUUGAGGCGGUGGACCAUCGGCUAAAGCUUUUCUUAGAUGUGGACGUCUUCGAAGAGGAGGAGGAGCUAAGCUGUUUCCUAAAGACGUCUGCUGUGAGAUUCGGGGAACCAGAGGAGUUUCCGUGUCUGGUGGCGGUGUCGGACAAGAGAAUCUAUGUUCUUGAAGUGACAUCAGGAGACAGCAAAGGGCAGCUCUCUGAUUGGCUCCAGAAGCGCGACUGCCACCCAAUCAUAGAGCUCAGCUACCUGGAGGUGGGGCUUGGCUCUCAGAGCAUCCACAUGGCAUUUGACGGUGGUGGAAUCAAGGGCGCAGCCUACACCCUCCUGGUUCGGGACAGUGUGCGUUGCAAAUGCUUUUUUGGCCUGCUGACAGGAAUCGUGCGUGAGAUGGCGCACAAGUCCGACAGCAAACUGAGGUCCAUCUCGACCACCAGGCUCAACCCUCAGCACCAUCUCUGGCCUCUCGUGUGUGAAGACAUCCAAGCAGAUGUGGAGGACGGCCAGCUGCAAUUCUGCUACAUUUUGGCUUUUUUGCUGCAAGACAACACCUGGGUGCCAACGACCGUGCUGGCAACUCGAGAGACCCUGUACCUGCUGAGCGAGGAUCACCAGUGGAGCAAGAGGACGAACAUGACAACGGUCGACGGCAACCUGGAGCCGGGCAGCGGGAGCUUCUCCGUCCUCGAGACGCUGCCCAUCAGCUGCGUGAGCUCGGUCCACCUGUGGCCCCAUCAGCGGCAGAUGGAUGUCAAGCUCUAUGACGAGACGCAGAAAGAAGAGAAGACCUGGUGCGUGCGCUCGGAGAGCUCCGAGCUCCUGCAGGCUCUGCUGGCGUGGGUCAGAACCCAGUGGGAGGCCAUGUUUGGCGUCAGGCUGCACACCAGCGUGCACGACACAGAGACGUAGCGAACGGCGGGAAUUGUCAUCUGUAUUUGCUCUCUAUGUGGAAAAAAUGCAGUUAAAAUGAAGCAGGCCUUCUAUCCUUCAGGCAUUCUGUCGCCAGGAAGGAGAUUGGGACAUUGUGUUGACGUUUGUUUUUUUGUUGUGGUGAAGACAUGGAAUUCCAAGCUGA